CUUUCUCCUCAGGCGGCGGCGGCGGCGGCGGCGGCGGCCUCCCGCACCCGGACGGAUCCUCCUUCCCUCCCGCUUCUCGUCGUCGCCGUUUCCGCCGCUGCCCAUAGAAUUUGAUAUUUUGCACCAAAGAAAUGGUGAUGGAGAAGCCAAGCCCCCUGCUUGUAGGGCGGGAGUUUGUGAGGCAGUACUAUACUCUGCUGAAUAAAGCACCGGACUUCUUGCACAGGUUUUAUGGCAGGAAUUCCUCCUACGUUCAUGGUGGACUGGAUGCCAGCGGGAAGCCCCAGGAAGCUGUUUAUGGCCAAAAUGAUAUUCAUAAGAAAGUCAUGUCUCUGCAGUUUAGUGAAUGCCGUACCAAAAUUCGCCAUGUAGAUGCUCAUGCAACCUUGAGCGAUGGAGUUGUUGUCCAGGUCAUGGGUUUGUUGUCAAACAACGGGCAGCCAGUGAGGAAAUUUAUGCAAACCUUUGUCUUGGCUCCUGAGGGGUCUGUUCCAAAUAAAUUCUAUGUUCACAAUGACAUGUUCCGUUACGAGGAUGAUGUAUUUGGUGAUUCUGAAGCUGAGCUUGAUGAAGAAUCAGAAGAGGAAGUGGAAGAAGAACAGGAAGAAAGGCAGCCAUCUCCAGAGCCUGUGCAAGAAAAUGCAAGCAGUACUUACUAUGAGACUCACCCCGUGACUAAUGGAAUAGAGGAGCCGUUGGAAGAAUCUUCUCACGAGCCCGAACCGGAGUCGGAAACAAAGCCCGAGGAGUCAAAACCUGAAGUGGAGGAAAAGAAUUUAGAAGAGCUCGAGGAGAAGUCUCCUUCUCCGCCUCCGUCAGAACCAGUUUCUCUACCCCAAGAACCACCCAAGGCUUUCUCCUGGGCUUCAGUGACCAGUAAAAACCUGCCUCCUAGUGGUACUGUUUCUUCCUCUGGAAUUCCACCCCAUGUUAAAGCUCCAGUCUCACAGCCAAGAGUUGAAACGAAACCUGAAGUUCAGUCUCAGCCCCCUCGGGUGCGUGAACAGCGUCCAAGGGAACGACCUGGGUUCCCCCAAAGGGGGCCUCGGCCAGGCCGCGGGGAUAUGGAGCAGAAUGAAUCCGAAAACCGUCGAAUAAUUCGUUAUCCGGACAGUCACCAACUCUUCGUUGGCAACUUGCCCCAUGACAUUGACGAGAAUGAACUAAAGGAAUUCUUCAUGAGUUUUGGAAAUGUGGUGGAGCUGCGCAUCAAUACUAAGGGAGUCGGAGGGAAGCUUCCAAACUUUGGCUUUGUGGUUUUUGAUGACUCGGAGCCCGUUCAGAGAAUCUUAGUUGCAAAACCGAUCAUGUUCCGCGGUGAAGUGCGCCUGAACGUCGAGGAGAAGAAGACGAGAGCCGCGAGGGAGCGAGAGACCCGAGGCGGCGGGGACGAGCGCCGGGACAUCCGGCGCAACGACCGAGGCCCCGGUGGCCCUCGGGGCCUAGUCGGCGGCGGCGGGAUGAUGCGCGACCGCGAGGGGCGAGGUCCACCCCCGAGAGGCGGCAUGGCCCAGAAACUCGGCUCGGGCAGAGGAAGCGGGCAGAUGGAAGGCCGUUUCACGGGACAACGGCGCUGAGACCCCCCCGCCCACCGUCGGCUGACUCCCCCCCCCCCCCCCUCGGCGGGGGCCCCGUUAUUCGUCGUGUUUGCAUUCUCGUUCCUUUUUUUGGCUUUGGAAUGUGACACAGCCUUUUUUUGAUCAUUUCUUUUGAUGUGAAAAGCAUCCUUUGGUUACCAGUUCAAUUGAGGUGGACGUUCUUUUCCCCAGUUUCACGACAGGAUUCACAUUGUUAAUUUAUAAAUCUAGACUUGGAGAAUAAGGACUGAGAAAUGACCAUUAUCUUAAACUCUCCGCAACACAAAAGAACUUAAAGGACAUGCCCAACCGAAUCCAGGUCCUUUCAGUCCAAAAUCCUCUGCUGCACAUUUUGUUUAAGUGUUACUGUUUCUGCCUAUUAUUACCGUCGGAAACACAAGUAGUGCAAUUUGUGCAAUUGGAGAAUCUUGCCUUUUUUCCUUUAGAACACUUGGCUCAAAAAAAAAUAACAAAAAACCGACAGAAAAAAAAAACAAAACAAAAAACCUCGGGUGACGCACUCAUCAGAAUGCACUAAUGGGUACUCCGAACUCAUUCACAUUGACAUCCGCAGAAGGAGGCAGCAGGGAAAAAAUAUCCAUCAUCAUCAUCUUGUUCAGAUAGGGAA